CUCGGCCAUGUUUAGUACAUUGUGUCUGUAAUGGUUGUGGUCGUAAAUUUUCUGAAAUAUUUGAGCUGUUGCAGUUAUCACUGAGGAAUGUUGAUGAUAGCAGAAUGGACCUCAAUGAGAAAUCAGCUAACCAGUUUAUUUCUGCCCUGGUGAAGAAUUUACAAGCUGUGUGCCACGGCCAUGUUGAUUUUGAUAAAAAUGUGAAAGUUGUGGGCCAUUUGUAUUUAACUGUUGACAGUAACUCAGAAUUUAAUUAUAUCGUUAAUGAAAAAGUGUCCAAAAGUGAUGAAUCUUCAACAACAUUUAUCAGUAAAAGUUUUUAUGCCACUGAUCCCCAACAAAAAACACUAAAGAAAAAUGUAGAUAGACCUCUUCCUCCUCCCACUCCAAAUGUGUUGGGAAAAACUCGAUAUGAUAUCAGUGUUGACUUAACAGAUGACCAUCCGCAGGGCUCCAUGAGUGGGGGACGAUAUAAUCCACAGAUAUCACCUCAACGAAAUCAGUUUACCAGACCUCAGGGUGGAUAUCCGAUUCAUCAUAGAUCACCUCAGAUGAGGAGGAGGCCAUUUGAUCAGAGAAUGUCACCACAGCAAAUGGCUAAAAUGCCUCGUUUAUCAUCCCCUCAGCGUCAUCCCACCAUAUCACCUUCGACAUCGCCUCGUAGAAUGCCAAUCCCUUUAUCUCAAAGAUUACAAUCAUCACCAAGCAUAAUUUCAACAUCCACAACAAAUACUUUAUCUCCGUCGUCCAUUCCACCUGAAUCAGUUUCCGCCACCCCAGCUCAAUCUCUUCCUGGAGCUGAUAAACCAGAAACAGAAUCCGGAUAUGUGGAAAAGGUUGGAGAAAAAACUGCAGAAAAACCUGACAUUAAAUUUGAAGUGAUAAAAGUAGAAAAUGGUAGUGUUGUAGCUAGUAAUAAAGAUGCAACAAGUGAAGGAGAAGAAAAAGAACUUAGAAUAGAGUCUGUGACUAGUCAUGAUUUAUCAUUUGUGCCUGAAACUGAAAAAGACAAAGAAAGUGAAAGUAAAAAUAGUGAAACUAGUGACUCUGAUAAACCGGCAUCAGAUCCUCCUCCAGAAACUCUUCCGACAGAAAUAACGGAACUAAGUAAAAGUCCUGAUGAACCAGAAGUGAUAGAAAUUGAUAUUGAUUUGACGAAAGUGAAAGAUGAACUUGAAGGAGUUUUAGAAAAUAGUGGUAGUUGUAUGUUUAAUACUGGUACCCAGCAAUAUCAAACACAACAUGGUGCUGUUACAGAUGAUAUUUCUUACACAAGUCAAGGUGAUAAUAGUCUUUCUAGUUUCGGAGGUGAAUCAAAUGAUGAUGAAUUUUUCGCUAGUUUACGUGAACAAAGUUUAGGACUUUAUCCUGUUGGUUUACAUGCUAAUGAAACUGGCAAUAACUCUGCUCAAAAUUUACUUGGUUCUGACAUUCCUAAUUUACCUAGUUCUCAACAUGGUGCUGGCUAUUUACCAGUUGCUGGUACCAGCACCACUUCUGGUCAAAAUAAUCAGCAGGUUACUGCUGGUGCUGGAAGUAAAAAAGGACCAUUUUUCUGUUAUUGGUGUGAUAAGAAAUUUAAUUGGAAAAGUGCUUUAACCCGUCACGCUCGUGGUGCACAUCUUAACUACCGUGUUACUUGUGACAUUUGUAAAAAAACUUUUGUGAGAGCCGAUUAUUUAUCAGAACAUAAGAAAAACAUGCAUCCAUUUCAUAAUACCAGCCCCAAAAAGUGAACAACAUAAAUUUUUUAUUUUAAAUGAUGCAUAUUAGAGAAACUGUAUAUGUAACAUUGACCAUUGAAAUAAGCAUUUACAUACAUACAUUUAACUUUCAUCAAUGCACCUAGCACACCACAUACAAUAAGCUUAUACAUGUAGACAUGGUUAUUUAGUCACUACUAGGAGUAUGUUUGGAAAUGUUAAAAUCCAUGUACAUUGUACACUAAUUAAUUUGUACAAUAUGUGCAAAACAUUGUACACACUAGUUCAAUGAAACAUCUUGUAACUACACAGUAGUUCACAGAUUUCUCCUAAUUGCAUAGAGUAUUAAAGGGCGUAUGGCUCUAUUUUUUUAACCUUGAAAUAGACAAAAAUGGUUCUAAAAGCACACAUUAAUGUAAUAUGAAUGUAUGUGAAGUGAUUAAUAUUCAAUUUUUGAAAAAUUCUAAUCAAUUAUGUUCGGUGAAAUAUGUGAACUGUCAAAUUGAAUGGCAGUUGUUUACACCUGCUUAGUGCUUUCUACACAUUUUUUAAAUUAUUAUUUUGUCGUUUGUGAUUCAGCCUUUAUUAAUUACUUCAACAUUAUGUUGUAGGAUAUGGUUUUUUUGUUUGUUUAUUACAAAAUGGCACUCGAAACCAUAGGGUACAUGACUCAUGUACUGAUUAUAAAAUGUUAGUUGUCUUAAUUAUUGGAUAGUAUUAUCCUAUAGUUUAAUGGCAAGAUAACAACAUCAAUAUUGAUUGAAAUUUAUCAAUAUUGAAUUCUAAUGCAUGUUUUUAAUUUCGAAUAUUAUGGAAAAUAUUGAGUUAGAGACUUAGCUCCUUUAAACUAGAGCACAUUUUUACAGGAGAAUAAUUACUAAUUUAUCUGAAAUAAAUUAAUGCUUCCAUAAGAAUGUGUUAUAGUUUAUGACCCUCACCAUCACAAAAAGUAAAUUGCUGUAUCAAUCAAACUAUGUUCGUUUCUGGUUAGUUAUUUAUAAAAUUUUACAGGAUUUAAAGUGAUAUUUUAAUAUAUGUUAGGUGAUAAAUGUUAUAUGUAUAAUUUUUAAGCUGAUACACAGUUAAUAAGAGUUAACUGGUUAGGGUCAGAUUUUGGGUUUAAAUCUCUGUGACCGAAAGUCAUACAUUCCAAUUUCAUUGGUUAUGCAUAUAGUUUAAAAAAAAUAUUAAUUUAUUUAAAGUACGGAACUGUUGAGAGUUCUUCAGCUUGUAGUUUUUUAUGUAAAGUGUUAUUGUUGUAAAUUGUUGUUUGUUAAGUAAAUUAUUGAAUGUGCAUAUUAUGUUUGUGAAUGAAUUUUAGAUGGUUUUGACGAUUUUUUUUAUUAAAGCCACUAAUUGUCAUUUGAGGGAUUUUGAAUCCUUUGCAUACUACAAGGAGUCGCUGUGGCUAAGUGGGUAAGACGGAGGCUAGCUAGCCUAGAGGUGGCAGGUUCUCUCCUGAGGAUUUUUUGGCGUGCUUUUUUGGUGCAAGACGGAGGACCUGACAGAGAGAGCUGUCUAAUUGUUAGAAUGGAACGGAAAAAAAGAGGUCCCUUGUACACAUUGGCGUGUCUUGAUUAGCCCAGUCGGUGCAGAACAGUAUGAGGUUAAACCCCAUUUCAUUUCAUGCAAACUACAACAUUGUGAACGAUGAAUCCCUUAAAUAAAUCAGUCCAUAAAUGAUUCAGUUUCCUUUUAUAAUUAAAAGAUAUGAAGAAAUUAAAUCUGUCUACUGUUGAUACUGUGGUUUUGUUUUCUUAAUCAAAUGUUAAUCUGAAUAUAUUUAAACAUGAAUUAAGUGUGAAAGUUUACAUAUUGUUCGCAAAAUGCAAAUUAGGACGAUCAGUGGCUUAAAAGUAAAAUAAAAUGUUGUAAAUGAAUUGUUUUAAUCGCAUAUUUAUAAAAUUUUUUUUAACAAAACUGUCUGGUUUGAUUUAUUUAGUUUAUUACCAUUAUUUAAUAAGUUUAAGUGGCUCGGUGUCGGUGAAUAAGGCAUAACUUGCUAGAUACGUGUUCCCGGGCUCGAUGUGUUGGCUGAGAAAGUACAUCAGGAUUUUCCGACUAGGUUUCACAUUGUUAUGAGAGCAGAACAAAGGGCCUGGGAAGGAACAGUAUCUAGUUGUUCAGAUGAGACAAAAAACCAUGCCAGGCAAAAUUACCCUAAUACUUAUACUAAUAUAUAGCAGACUGUAUGGUGUAAUCCGGUCGGUAUAUAAAACUAAGAUGUUAACCCAUUUCAUUUUCAUACUAUGUCAUACCCAUCAUCAUUAGCCCAGUUGGUAAAGAAAUGUAGGAUGUUAAAGUCAUUCAUUUAAAAUAAGUUUUAGAAGUAUUUAUGAGUGUUUUAUUUGUUUAAGGGAUAGAUUAUACAGGUCUAGAAAUAGUAAUUUUAUAUGUACAGAACAACUUGUCAGACACUAUUUGAUCUAGUACCUAAGAUAGUACCUAAGAUUUUUAACUUUGUACUGGACAUGUAUUAAAGAUACAUUAUGUAAGAUUUAGAUAAAGAGCUAGCCAUUCUUACUAUAAUAGUUCGAAAAUAGAUAAUGUAAAAUGAAUAAUUUGGAAAUUACUUUAUUGCGAUCGAAGAUAUUAGCCUUUGAAGGUUUGACAAAACGUGUGCAAUAAUUUCAACCACCGUACUGGUUGUUCGAAGCUAAGUCUUGCUCCUCCAUUUUUAGCUUAAAUCAAAAUAUGGCUGAACUGUUCUGAUCUAUUUAAUAUCAGAGAAAACUGAUGCCAUCGAGAGUUGAUUAUGGCCUGAAUAAGUUAAUUAAUGUCUAAUUAAUAAUUAAGAUAACAUUUCAGACCUAAAGAAAGACCUGCAAUAGGCAGAUUUAGCUCUUGCACAAUGUAUGUAUUAAUCAAAACCCUGAAAAUAGAGAAAUCUGUGUAGGACAAAAAUGAAGAAUAGUGUCUGACAAAGACUGAAUUUGUGCCUGACAAUGUAUGUGACUGACAGGUGCCUUAUUUCCAGGCUUGACUUACAUAGCUGUAUUAUCCAUUUUGUUAUAAUAUAACGUAAAUUAUUAAAG